GCUGCGCGCUGGAGACACGCGCUGGAGACACGAACAUGUCAAAAGGCGCAGAUGUGUUCCGAUGUGUCGCAGACCCGGCUGCCGAGGAACCAGGCUGCUUCGGGCUGUCGCGUUAAUUCUCCUUAUUCACUAUGAUUAUUGACUUCUAAAAUCGUCUCAUACAUAUUCAGUCACCGCUCCGGAGGAACAAUGCCAGAGCAAAGCAACGACUACCGAGUGGUGGUGUUUGGUGCUGGAGGAGUGGGCAAGAGCUCAUUGGUCAUCCGCUUUGUGAAGGGGACCUUCCUGGAGAGCUACAUCCCCACGAUUGAAGACACCUAUCGACAGGUGAUCAGCUGCGACAAGAGCAUCUGCACCCUGCAGAUCACCGACACAACCGGCAGCCACCAGUUCCCCGCCAUGCAGCGCCUCUCCAUCUCCAAGGGCCAUGCCUUCAUCCUGGUCUACUCCAUCACCAGCCGACAAUCCUUGGAGGAGCUCAAGCCCAUCUUCGAACAAAUUUGUCAGAUCAAGGGUGACGUGCAGAACAUCCCCAUCAUGCUUGUGGGUAACAAGUGCGAUGAGGCCCAGAACCGGGAGGUGGAGACCAGCGAUGGUGAGGCCCUGUCUAAGAAGUGGAAGUGUGCCUUCAUGGAGACAUCAGCCAAGACCAACCACAACGUCAAGGAGCUUUUCCAGGAGCUGCUGAACCUGGAGAAACGCCGGUGUGUCAGCCUGCAAAUUGAUGGCAAGAAGAGCAAGCAGCGGAAGCAGGCUGAGAAGCUCAAGAGCAAGUGUGUACUCAUGUGAGGACGAUGAGCUCCGACUCCGUCAUCAGAAAGCUGGAUGGGGCCUCCGGUGUAAGCCCUGGGACAACAAACACCCCUGUCAUCACACAACCGCAAACUAUGUAAAGGGAACACAGAAUGCCUUCAGAAAGUGUCAAAUCCAUCAAAUUGCUUCAAUGUCAGGCAGUCAAAUAUAAAAAAAAAAAAAAAACUCAGACAUAAUUUUCUCUGCACCAGAUCUACACACAGGGUUUUUUCUAAACCAUCAGAUGAUGGUGACCCAAGGCAAGAUUACACAAGUGGAAGUAAUCAGGCAUUGAGCUCUGAUUUCUUUGCUGGUCACUUUCCAUUACUAAAGAGCAAAGGUGCUCAUACCGCAGGUACAUGAGCUGUGUGGCCAACAUUAGAUCCUCCCCCAUAAACCCUGAUGGGCAUCAGAUUUUACCGCUGAAAAGGGAAAGAUGUUGGGGUGGUGGCUGUGAAGAUUUUUCAGUCGAUGUUUCGAUUAACAAUGUCUUUACUCUCAAGUAGUAGGCACUUGAUUUUCAGGCAUCAGCACAGAAUGCCAAACUGUAUUGUGCAAAGGCAGGCGUAUACUUUUACAGCUAUAAUCUUUAAAAAAAAAAAACAGUUUACAUACAUUCGUACCAAAAUCGAGUGCAUUAGAUAAACCUCCUCUUCUUAUUAUUUUUUAUUUCAGUGAUGUUAGAUAUGAAACUUCCUAAAAUCCUUCUCUGGCAAACCAUAUAAAACAUUUAUGUACUGCACAUUUAGUUCCCUUAGAGGAAGUAUAUGAACAAACCUGAACCCUCGCUAUCUGUAUUAUCACUGGCGGGAAUGAUCGGUAAAUAUGCACGGGAAGGCGCGCCUAUGUAGGGAUGACCGUUUUCACAGUGGAAACUGAAAUGUUUAGAAACAGGAUUAACUUAUGGUUUUGGUUUUAAUUCAUCAUGACAAUCAUUUGACACACCGGUCAUGUAACUGGACACGUGUCAGUCGUGGUAGCUCAGAGGCAGGGAUAAUAGUGGGCGGUCUGUAUAUAUAUGACAGUGGUGCUUUUGAUGCUUUUCCUCAAAAUGUGUGUGUGUCUAAUGUCUCACGUCCAUAUAAGCAGCUACCAGUGUAAUGAGACUGAAAGAGAAGAAUAACAAAAGUUCUAGUUCAAUAUCUUAAAAUCUGAAUAGUAAAAGUCAUAAAACUGAUGGCUCUGGUGGGAUGAUAUUACAAUACCCAAAAAGGAAGGAUAGUGAGGGAAAAAAAAGGGAGUAGGUGAUUCAUAAACCCUUUAACUUAGCUGGUUUGUUGUAUACUAUAACCUUAAAAUGUAAUUUGUCUGACCCUUAUUCUUUUGUCUGAAGAAUCAUCCUUUAGAGUGUGUUCUCAUAUCACGAAAAAAAAAAAAAUCCCUUAGAAGGGAUAAGUAGACUUAGAAAAAUAUUGAAAUACCUUAGACACUGUAGACAAGGAACAUAAGCACACUGAUUUGUGUGUGUACUAAAUGUUUAUUAAAAAAAAAAAAACAUAGUGAAAAUACAGGUACUGUAAAAAAAAAAAUGCUUCCAUAUAUUUAAAUACCCCACAGUACACUCUUGGAUCAUUAGUCGUCAGUUUGUUUCCAUAUACUGUGCCACAUAACAAGUAUUGCUGUUCCCAAUUCUAUUUAGUCCAUUAGUUUGUUGGAUCACAAUUUAAUUGUAUAAUGGCAGUAUUAUGCAGUUGAUUUAAUCUGUAAUCAUCCAUUUUACGUCCUUGUGCAAAUAGUUUAGGCCAGGAAGAUGUGUAUUUAUUUAUUUAAUAAAUGACGGGUUUUGUUUUGCCCCUUUCGUGCACCUAUACAUACAGUAUGUCGUCACAUAUUUAUAAGGUGCUAGAUCUGGUAAAAUUUCCUUAUUGGCAUGAUGCAAGUAGAGCAUGAAAAAGAGAGAAAUUUAUACUAUACAUCACAAACAAUAUAUGAGUCUAUCACUGAAUUAUGAUAUUAGCGAUGAUAAUUUUCAUUACUCAUCUACUUCUGUACGUACAACUGGCUAAUUCUGAAUGGGCAUUGCCAGUUAGAGGAUCAAGCUUUACUUCGUAACAUCCAAUCACAGAUUGUUGUGAAAUGUCUUAUAUUAUACAUAUAUGUGGCACUUGUUAGGGAGUCAUUUGUCUUGUAUUUAUCCAAAAAUAGAUACUGCAUGCAAUUACUGUGGAACCACAUGACUCUCUGGUAGGAUAUAAAGAGCACACCUUUCUAUGACCAAGUGCUGUUCUAUUAAUGAUUUAGGGUAAGGUUUAAUGCACUCACCUUCAUGGGUUUUAUAUCUUUUAUUGAUCAAUUGUGACCUCUCACCGAAAACAAGUUAGAUCAGUGUUCAGUUGGCUACUCCAUAUAAGUUUUUUAAUACUCAGCAAAAUAAUAAAACUGCAUACACUGAUAAAACCAGUCUGUUUUCAUUAUGCUACACAUUAUACUGUUCAAUUAUACUAUAUUUUAAAGCCAAAUAUAAAUGUGUUUAUACUCAACAUUUAAUCAGAAUGUUUUGCGAAAAUAAAACACAUUUUUAAACUAAAGAGCCAAUGCUAUUCAACUUAUGCACGUUGUUAUUUUUUCUUUUCUUUGUCUUUACAUUUUGCUGUGAAGGGAUGUACCUUAGAUGAGUAUUUGAUUUAUUAUGAAUUAAUGGUAGUGACAUGCAGGCUGUUUUGUAAUCAGUUUAACUGAGAGCAAUAAAAGAGUUGCAAAGGUUCACAAACUUUGUAGUCUAUGAAACUUACCAAUGUUUUUAUGGGUGUACAUGUUACAAUACACCCAUGUGAAAACACCUAUAAGGACAAUACCAAGUGGAAAAAUUUGAUUUUUUGCCAACAGAUUAACCACAACAAAAGGUUUCGGAUAACCAAAAUUUUACAAAUCAUGUUUUUCAGUCAACAUUGUGCUUGGUAUUCAAUUACUGCAUUUUGUAUUGCAAAAUUUUAUUUAAUCCCAUAUCUAAAAAUUGAUUUAUCACCAAUCACAAUUAG